AUGAUUACUCUACUCACCGUCGUCGCCUUGAUGGUAACGAUGACCGUCAGCCUUCUCGGUACUGCUUUGUUGUCAGGCUUUGACCUCGCCGACACAUCGUUCUUGCUCGACACCUCGACAACUCACAGCUCGAAUUGCGUAUCUAUCUUGCCUUGUCUUGCGAUGGUAAUAUUCCUUGCUUUCAUCCUCUCCUAUCACUUCAAUAGAUGCGAUCGCGCGCCGGCCAUGCGUCUCGUCAGUCAUUUAUCCCAAGUAAUGGAAACAUUGUGUCACACUUGGGCGAGCAGAGCUCUCCUGACUCCUUGGUAUCAAUCCGUCCUGAGGGCGCUCCAACCAAGUUAUCCUCCCCGCCUUCUACUGCCCUUCUACAAGCCAUAUCACCAUCUGCCAGAAGACACAUGGCGCAAUCCUCCAGAAGCCCGGCGAUGUUCCCAAGGGUUUAUGGGUGCCCGGAAGGAUGCAGAGAAGUCGGGCAGGCUCCGGAGAAGAGACCCGCCCCCCGCCGCCUCUGUCGUCCUCUGGAAUAUUGCGCCCUCCCAGACUUCUUCGUCACGCUAG